AUGAACACCCAAAGGGUCGGCCUCAUGGCCAUGCGACGAGCUGCUCUUCGCAACCCCGUCUCCUUUGCUCAGCAGAUCCCCAGGUUGGCUCUGGCAAGCUCACAAGCACGUCCCGUCUCAACAGAAAAGCUCUCCCACAGCGACGCCGACCGCCUGUUGGCCGAGCAGCGCCUGAAGCGGCCCGUGUCGCCGCACCUUGAGAUCUACGACUACCGGCAGACGUGGUUGAGCGGCUCCAUCUGGCAGCGCAUCACGGGCGGCAUCCUGACCGGCGGCCUGUACGUCUUUGGCGCCGCCUACCUCGUCGCCCCCCUGACCGGCUGGCACCUCGAGACGACGAGCAUGGCCGCUGCCGUCGCCGCCUGGCCCGCAUUCGCCAAGGGAGGCCUCAAGUUCCUCAUCGCCUGGCCCUUCACCCAGCACGCCAUCGCCGGCGUCCGCCACCUCGUCUGGGACUUCGCCCUCGGUUUCGACAAGCCCACCAUCGCAAAGACCACCAAUGUCCUGUGGUUCACCGGCAUCCUGUCAGCUGCUGCCUUGGCUGCGUUCCUGUGA